AUGGAUCCUCGGGAAGAGGAAGAAGAGGAAGAAGAAGAGGAGGAAGACGGACCCCCGUCGUCCUCGGCCCUCGCAGCCCCCACGAGGCGGGCCUCCGCGCGCCCAGAGAGGCCCCUGCCCGCCGGAAGUACCACCGAGCCCGGCCUGCCCGAGGCUAGAGCGGCGACCCCUCCGCCGCGGCUCCCCCUGCAGGGGGGAGGAGCAAGAGGGCGGACCCCGUCGCCCCCACGAGGCGGGCCUCCGCGCGCCCAGAGAGGCCCCCCGCCCGCCCGCCGGAAGUACCACCGAGCCCGGACCGCCCGCGGCCAGAGCGGCGACCCCCCCCCCUCCGCCGCGGCGCCCCCUGCAGGGGGGAGGAGCAGGAGCAAGAGGACGGACCCCGCCGCCCCCACGAGGCGGACCCCGCGCGCCCAGAGAGGUCCCCCACCCCCGCCCGCAGGAAGUACCACCGAGCCCGGACCACCCGCGGCCAGAGCGGCGACCCCCCCCCCUCCGCCGCGGCGCCCCCCUGCAGGGGGGAGGAGCACGAGCAAGAGGACGGACCCCGCCGCCCCCACGAGGCGGACCCCGCGCGCCCAGAGAGGUCCCCCACCCCCGCCCGCAGGAAGUACCACCGAGCCCGGACCGCCCGCGGCUAGAGCGGCGACCCCUCCGCCGCGGCGCCCCCUGCAGGGGGGGGAGCAAUUGGACGGACCCCGCCGCCCCCACGAGGCGGGCCCCCGCGCGCCCAGAGAGGCCCCCUCCGCCCGCCGGAAGUACCACCGAGCCCGGACCGCCCGCGGCUAG